CAACGGAGCGAAAAACAGCAGACCAAAAUGUCGAAACGUGCAAGUUUCUACAGUUUGAUAGGCCUUGGUAUUUUUUUUACACUGUAUUCAACUUUCAAUCAGAAUUAUGGAGGAUAUUCAGUGCGGAAAACAGAACCAACAGUUCCUGUUCCCCAGCAGUCUGAGCAGAAUUGCAUACAAUUAUUAUUGCAGAAUACUGUGGCUAAGGAGAGAGAGAUUGAUCCGGAAAUGAAGACGAUAGAAGAAAUUAUGAGCACGCAACCCGAAUUGAUUAGCAAUGCUAUGGAGGACUAUCAAUAUCCCAAUGGAAAAUAUAACAUUAGUGCCAGUAAACUCGAGGAUUUGGUGAUGGAACAAAAUGGAAGACCGGUCAGAAGUUUAAUCGUGACAACGUGGCGAAGCGGAAGCACGUUUUUAGGCGAUAUUCUCAACGCACAUCCGGCAAAUUAUUAUCACUAUGAGCCGCUCUUGGCUUUUGAUAUCGUUCAAAUCCGAGGUCCUCCUGUAGCUGCGAAGGCUUUGAAGUGGGUCAAGGAUUUGCUCAACUGCAAAUAUCAAGAUCUAGAUGAAUAUGUCAGCUAUGGCAGACACAGGCCGUGGGCUUUCAUUCACAAUCCAUAUUUGUGGAAGCUGUGCAGAGUUCACGAAGACGUCUGCUACAACCCCAAGUUCCACAGCUCAUUGUGCAGGCUGUUCCCAUUUCAAUCGAUGAAACUUGUACGACUAAGGCUACGAAUUGCUCAAGAGCUUCUUGCCGAUGAAAAAUUAGCCGUACGGAUGGUUCUGUUGGUGCGAGAUCCUCGCGGGAUUCUUCAGUCGAGAAAACAUCGAAACUGGUGUCCUCCAAGUCCUGAUUGUUCCGAUCCAGCUUUGACGUGCGCGGAUCUGGUCUCAGAUUACAAAGUUGCUGUGGAACUGCUGAAGAAAUACCCAACCAGAUUCAAGGUGAUACGAUACGAAGAUCUUUCCCUGGAUCCGUACAAACACGUCGAAGAACUUUACAAGUUUUAUGGACUCUUUUUUCAUCCAAAAGCAAGAAACUUUCUCAAUUCUCAUACCAAAGCCAACAAGGGUGGAGUCUCGAGUACUUUCCGAAAUUCAACAGCAGCUCCGUUUCAUUGGAGAACGGAAUUGGAAUUCAAAGAAGUAGAAGAAAUACAAAAAUCCUGUUCGAUUGCUAUGGAAUAUUGGGGUUAUGUUGCAGCAAAGAACGCCACUCAUCAGACGGAAUUCAACCCUGUUACAAACUACACGUUGAAAUUGUGA